AUGUGCAGUUAUCCUGGUAUGCCGCCGCAACCGCCGCAAUACGAGAUGAAUUAUGCUGGACCCUGGGACCCUAGUCUUGGUCCACCGCCUGUAUUCGCUCCUCUAGGACCUGGAUUACCUCCAGGCAUUCAGCUGCCCGCCGAAGACGACCUAACUGAGGCUGUGGAGAAGGGCAGGCGCUGCAGCCACAAAGACAUAUACUACGUGCCAACCGAUCAAGAUCCGAAUAGAUUCCACUGGGUGGAUGAAAAGCCGCUCUAUUACGGGGCGACUGGAGACAAACUUCGGACGAAGAAAACGCGAGAGGCUUUCGCAGUGAACGUUUACCAUCGUUUUGAUGAGAAAACCGAUGAAUGGCUCAUCCACGAAGUACGCAUCAACAGUGAGCUUCUUCAUACGGCUCUGGAGCAGAUACUUGAAGGUUACCCGAGCCUAACACAACAUGAGAUGAAGUCAUUUUCACCACCAUUCCUCCCAUUCAUUCAUCGAUGGGAAGCGAUGCUUGGCUAUAAGGAUCGUCUCGAUCUAGAACCCGAGACCAAGGGCCACCUACAGUUGCUACAGGAAGUUCUCGAGCCCCUACUGAAGGAGUCGUUUGAGAAGAUCGAAGAUGUGAAGAAGACCGGCCAUGUUGCGUUUAACGACCUGAAUCUAGUGUACAUCCCUGCAAUGAUGGUAUUGGAACAUGAGACCGACUCAGUUGGAAUGGUACGCAGUUGCCAACUAAUGUAUCCCCCUCCGCCAUAUCCAUGCUUUUGGUCGGUCGGUGUUGAUGUCGUUGACUGGGAUGGGAGACGAUGCGGUCUUCUUGCCCAAGCGAAGCACGUAUCCCAGUACUAUGGCCUGCGAGCUUUGACUUCACUAGAGGUUUCGCCGCUCAAUGGCCUUCCGGGUGAAGAGAAGAUCCGUGAGCGACUCAUCAAGCGAGGCCGAACGUUCGAACAGCUUCGCGGCCAUUUCUUCAAGGCCUUUACCGACCAGCACGAAGAGCGUGUGAACGAGCGGAUGGUCAUUGAUGCGCGAGCAUACCACAAAUAUGAGACUCCGUCGUUCCCGGACUAUGCUAAGUUGUCCGAGAUUGGACAGCUUACUUGGGCCCAAUCAAUGAAUCGGUACUCUUCCAGUGUCGCUAACACUCCAGGAUCGCCAAUGCAAGUGGAUCUUUCGCCAAUGACCGAUGAUGAAUGUCUUCUGACUGUUCACUAUGUCAAGUGCUUUGAUAUCGAAAAGAAGAAGUGGCAGAAGUUGGAUGUAACAAAGAUCCAUGAGAUACCAUGGGCUAAGCGUGCUUUCGAUAGCUUAGUCCUGGAUCAGAACGAGAAGGACUUGGUACUGGCUCUGGUGGACCGCGAUCAAUUCAAGCAAGAGAAACCGUUCGAUGACUUUAUUGGCGGCAAAGGCCAGGGCAUGAUCAUGCUUCUUUGCGGUCCGCCGGGUGUUGGGAAAACGCUUACCGCUGAGGCCGUGUCAGAGCACCUGCGUCGACCGCUGUAUAAACUCGGUGCUGGUGACCUAGGAACGACAGCGCGUGUUGUUGAGGACAACCUUGAAACAGCACUGACGCUGUGCGGUCACUUCGGUGCCGUCCUCCUCCUCGACGAAGCUGACGUGUUCAUGGAAGCGCGCACCUCGAACAACCUUCAACGUAACGAACUUGUUUCAGUUUUCCUUCGCCUACUCGAAUACUACAAAGGCAUCAUGAUCCUGACUACGAAUCGAAUGCGCAGCAUCGACACAGCUUUCGAAUCUCGGAUUGAUAUCACACUGAGCUACAGCUCGCUUACAGAAGCUGACCGUCAGCAAGUCUGGCGUAACUUCCUGGCUACCAUGGAAAACAGUGACGUUGACAUUAGUGAACCAGAUUUGAUCAACUUGGCUAAGUUAAACUUUAACGGCCGUCAAAUCAAGAGUGCGAUCAAGACUGCAAGGAUUCUAGCAGCGAAGAAAGAAGAACCCCUGAAUGCGAACCAUCUGAUGGUUGUACUGAAAUUGAGGAGAAAGGCUUUGGGUAUGAUGGAUGGCGGGGCGGACGUUCAAGAAGCUGUGGAGCAGGCGUCCGACGGAAAUGAGCUCGGUGUGUAG